AUGGCGGAAGACGACGUCAGCGACUUCCAUUUGGUCCAAGCGAUAUCUGAGGAUGUCGAUUUCUUGGAGCAGGAUGAUCAGUUUGUCCUUGUCUCCGACCGUCCUUUCACCAUCAUCCAUCUUCUCUCCAGCUACACCAUCAACAUGCCAGAUUCUCAACUGCCCUUGAGCAGAUCGUCUGCGCAGCCGUCGCUCCUUUUUCGCAUUCUUCCCCAACUCCACCGGGUGCAGCCCCUGCCGCCGCUUCUUCUUCCUAGCCUAGCGUUGUCGCCCCGGUGCAGCCACAUCGCCCUCCACCCGCAGCGCAGCCAUCCCAUCCUCGGUUUCAGCCAGCCGGAUGGACCAUCGCCGGGAGAAGGUCGCAGCGACACCACCUGGUCCUCCUCGGUUCGCCGCAGCCCCAUCGGUUCCGCCUCUGUUCGCCGCGGCACCACGGCUCCUCCUCGAUUCGCCGCCAGCAGCAGCUCCUCCGCCCAGUCACCACCAGGUCAUUGGAAUGGCCCUGAUGAUACACAUCAACAAGAUGAUAGUAUUUCCAGAAACACUACAAAUCCAGCCGAUUUAUACACACUUGAUGAAUUCCUAGCUGAGGAGGAUAUGCUAGACUCCUUCGCUGAGGAGUUUGCUGUGGAGUUGAAGGGGACACUUGAAUCUCUUGAAGCAAGAUCACUUAGCAGGAGUGGUCCGAGGAUAUACAUCAAUAGGCCGCCCAUCAACAACUUGUACGAGAUUACUUCUCCCACAACCCUCUCCACCGUGCCAAAACAUUCCGGAGAAGAUUUAGGAUGAGACGACCUCUCUUUCUUCGCAUCGUCAAUGCGCUAGGCGAUUGGUCUCCACACUUCACCACAAGGAAAGAUGCCCUUAACCGUGAAGGGCUCUCUCCGCUUCAAAAAUGCACAGUGGCGAUACGUCAAUUGGCUUAUGGGUUAUGGCACACCUGCAGACAGUCUUGAUGAAUAUCUCAAGAUUAGCAAGACUACCGCAAUUGAUUGCUUGAAGAACUUCGUGCAACGAGUGAUUGAUACCUAUGACGUGGAAUAUUUACGAAGCCCCAACACUGAAGAUACAAAGUGCUUGCUUCGCAUUGGCGAAGGUUGUGGGUUUCCAGGCAUGUUAGGAAGCCUGGACUAUAUGCAUCGGCGUUGGAAAAAAUGUCCUAUUGCAUGGAAGGGCCAAUUUACUCGUGGUGAUAAAGGGUGGCCUAGUCUUAUUCUGGAGGCAGUUGCUUCGCAAGAUAGCUUGCAUCAUUCUUCAUAAUAUGGUAGCUUGCAUCAUUCUUCGUAAUAUGGUAGUCGAGGAUGAAAAAGAAGAGGCGGCUAAUAUUCUUGAUUUGAAUGAGGAGGCCAGUACAUCCAUUGUCCUACCAUCAGUAUUCACACAUGGCAACAUACCAGUAUUCGCCCAGGUGCUACAAAGAGACGCAAGAAUCCGAGAUCGCGUGACUCACAGAGCACUCAAAACUGAUUUGGUAGAGCAUAUUUGGAAAAAGUUUGGGCCAAAAUAGAUUAUGAUCAUCACUUACUUUAUGCCUUUAAUUAUAAUUUUAUAUAUUUUGAUGACAUCUUAUUGACACUUUAUGUAUGGACUCAAGUUAAA